AUAUUGAUUUCCUUGCAUCCAUCUCUCCUCCAUCCACUGCUCACAACACCAGUCCUCUCCCGUCUCUCUCUCUUUCUCUCUCCCAUCACACUUUCUUCCGCUUUCUCUUGAACAUGUUUGUUUUGCUAGCUAAGUAGCUAAGACUCAUUCUUCUUCUUCUUAGCUUUCUCUUUCUUACUUUUAUCUCCAACUCCAAUCUCCUUCUCCUUUCAUAUAUUUUUAUUUAUAUUUUUCAAAAACUCAAGGUUAAUUUAGUUUCCUUCCCAGAUAGCUAGCUAACUCAAGUUAGCUUUCCAGAUUCUUUCCCUGGGAAAGGGAAGAAAAGAGAAAAGAAGAAGUUGAAGAAAAAGACUCAAUACUAGUAUAUAUUGAAGGUGUUGAAGAAAACAAAAGGAUUACAUUUACACACAGUCCCUUGCCUGUGAAUAUUGCACUUUAAUUGCUUUGUUUGUCUCUCCUCUCCUGAGUAUCGAAAUCUGAUUUUAAUAAAGGAAAAAGAACCUCCCUCUCUCUCUUUCAUAUAUAUUCUUGUAACCAUCACAAAGCUACCCCUUCUAAAGAAGAUGCCCUUGGAGGGGAUUUUCAUUGAACCCCCCACUUCUACUUCAACUCCUCCUGAUCUCUCCCUUCAAAUAAGCCCACCCUCCACUUCCUCUUCCUUGAUUUGCACCACCUCCACCGCCGCCACCGAUUAUGAAGGCCGCCACAAUCCACCAAGCACCACUAAUUUCAAUUUUCCUUCAAGGACUGUGCCUCAAGCUCACACUGAGCUCUCUCUUGGAAGAAAUUUCAGUGGUGAACCACCCCAUCAGUACAACUACAACAACCCUUAUUAUCAAAACCAGCAACAACAACAACUACUAGCCAGAACAGGAGCAGCAACAACAACUAGCAAUUCCACAACUCAUCACAUCAAUCACAUAAAUUAUGGGGUUUCAUUGCUUGAUGUGUCAUCAUCAGAUGGAGGAUUGAGGCCAAUCAAGGGGAUUCCAGUGUAUCACAACCGUUCAUUCCCUUUCUUGCCAGUGGAACAUUCAAGAGACAAGGAUCAUCACCAUCCCAAGAUGUAUUUGUAUCAUCACCUCCCUAAUUCUUACCCUCCUUCUAAUUCACCCUCCUCUCUUCCUUCUCCUCCUUCUUCUUCUUCUCCUUCACCCUACUUCGCCGGAGCUCUGGAUCCCAUCUCCUCUCUGAGCUCCGGCGCCUCCGCCGCGGCAGCAGCAGCCUACAGAGCCGCCACCACGACAAGGCUCAACGGGAUUUCAGGCGCCGAGCCUUUCAAAUCUCACCCCUUGCACCACUACAACGGUGUUGGAUUAGGAUCCUCUCAUGAGACAUCACCAGGGCUGAUGAGAUCAAGGUUCAUGCCGAAGCUGCCGACAAAGAGGAGCAUGAGGGCACCAAGAAUGCGGUGGACAAGCACCCUCCAUGCUAGAUUUGUCCAUGCCGUUGAGCUCCUCGGUGGCCAUGAAAGAGCUACACCAAAGUCAGUUCUUGAACUCAUGGAUGUGAAGGAUCUCACAUUAGCUCAUGUCAAAAGCCAUUUGCAGAUGUAUCGAACUGUUAAGACCACUGACAGGCCUGCAGUUUCUUCAGGUCUUUCAGAUGGAUCAGGAGAGGAUGACAUGUCUCCAGUAGCCAGCAGUGGUGGUCCUCGUCAAUUUUCAGAUCAAAGAGGCUUGCAGGAUCGGCCAUUGCAACAAGACAUGGAUUAUUCUUCCACCACCACCACUCUAUGGAGUAAUUCUUCAAGUAGAGAGCCAUGGCCACAAACUAGUUCUAACGAAGUAGAAGGUUUUAGACCAACAAUCUUCCAAUCACAACCAAUUUCAGGAGGGCAUCAAAUUCAGAAGUGUGAUUCAACCCAACUCAAGAACAAUUUGUCAGGAUCUAAUUUAGAGUGUAAGAAUCCAAGCUUGGAGUUCACAUUAGGAAGACCAGAUUGGAAUGGCAAAGGACAAGCCUAGCUAAUUUUUCAUUGGUUUCCUAAUUGUCUCUAUUUUGCAUUAAUUUGAUUAUAAUCCACCAAGGUGGUGUUAAUUAGAUAUAUAUAAGUUGGUGUCAAAGAGAAGAAGAAAUUCUCUGCAUAGUUCUACUAAUGAAGUUCCUUUUGGAAGUUUUCUGAGCUCAUGGACAGUUUUGUUUAGCAUUUUCUUGUAUUUAAUUUUAUUUAUUUAUUGGUGAGGUGGAGGAAAGGAAGCUGAUGUAGCAGCAAAAUGUAGAAGAACAAGAAAGUGAGAGAGAGAAGGGGAAGAAAUUGAACACUUUAUUUUGGUUAUAGCAGUUCUCAUUUUCUUCUGUA